AUGACACCUCGUUCGUUACUUAUCACCGGAGUGUCCGGAUAUAUUGGCGGCACUGUCCUGUCGUCAAUCCUUGAACAACAAGAUCAAUGGACUAAGCUGCUGAAAAUAUCAGCACUUGUGAGAAGCAAGUCCCAAGCGAGUACUGUCCAGAAUCUCGGUGUUCUCCCUGUGAUGUUCUCAAGCUUCGAUGAAACAGAGGCACUGGAGGAGAUUGCUAAGGACUUCGACGUUAUCAUCCACGCCGGUGCCGGCUGGCAUACCUCCUCAGCAAAAGCCUUGAUUACCGGGCAAGGUGCUCGUAAGGCAGCACUUAGCCGCCCUGUUCACUACAUCCAAAUCUCUGGAACCUCUAAUUUGAGCGAUCGUCCGCACACGGAUGGAUAUACGGAUACCCACCAGUUCAACGACGAAGAAGAUAUCUUCUCCUAUGAGAAGUAUCGUGAAUCCCGCGAGGCUUAUUACCAACGGACCACUGAUAUUACCGUUGUCGAGGCCGGCGAGGCCCUUGGGGUUACUACCUAUGUUGUGAUGGCACCUACUGUCUAUGGUCUGGGCACCGGAUCGUUUAACCGCUCUUCUAUUCAGCUCCCUGCCAUGAUCGCCGAUGCCAUCAAAAGCGGUAUGGUCAGCGUUGUAUCAGAAGGAAAGACGAUCUGGAGUCAUGUCCAUGUGCAAGACUUAGCUAGUCUACAUCUGACUCUCCUCCAAUACAUUUGCACGGAUUCUCAGAUCCCAUCCGGUCGGAAGGGAAUAUACUUCUGCGAGACCGGCGAGCAUUCACACCGCGAAUUCUCAGAGUUACUAGCCAAGGCCGCCUAUGAGCUUGACGUGUUGCCUACUGCAGAGGUGAAGAAGAUUACUCUGCAGGAGGCCGGUGACAAGCUAGCUCUAGGCAGUAUCUUGAGAGCUGAGCUUUCCUUUGGGGCUAAUGCUCGUUGCAAGGCUGUGCUCGGUCGCAAGCUAGGUUGGACCCCGUUACAUACUGCGGACUGGGAGACUUCAUUCCACACCGAAGUGAGCGCAUUCAUCAAGAAUCCCCCACGCGAAAGGGAGCUUCCAAAGCUCCUCAAGUAA